AUGCGUGCCAUGUUCUUUGCCUUGGCGACGUUGCCUUUCUACGCAAUUGCCCAGGACCCUAUUCCUGAAGCUGCGUCUACCACUACCACUGAAGCUUUCAUUCCACCAGUAAUUGACACUUCAACUCAACUACCUGUUGAUAUUGAUCUCAGCUCUACCACUACCGAUGCUAUCAUUGUUCCUCAGUCGACCUCGGAAUCUAUUCAUGAAGACCCUGAGACAACCCCUCAACUUCCCCCAGCAGUUCAAGAUACAACGACUUUGCCUGUUAUCCAAGACACGACCUCAGCGCCCCCUCCCAUUAAAGAUACAACGACAGGUCCUCCGUCUGUAAUUGAAACCACUGAGCCCAUUGUACAAGACACUACCACUCAACAGCUGCCUGUCGUCGAGGACACAACCUCACAGCAAGUACUCCCAGUCCAGGAUACAACAACGGAGCUGCCGCCUCCACUUGUUCUUUCCACCACAUGGCUUCCUGAAGGGGAAAGCACCAACCAGCCCGUUUUUCAGACUCCUACUUCCUCACAAGAUAUCAUCGGCCAAGACACCACCACUGAAUUGCAGGUGCCUAUAUUGCCUACAACAACAUCAGGAGCUGUUCUUGAUACCACGACCGAGAUCAACAACCCUCUGCCAGAUACCACCACUGAGCAACAGCCCGCUAUCGAAAGCACCACUAGUGCCGUCCCAGUCGAUGAGACUACCGGUUCAGAAGCUCCUUUCCAGCCUACUACUACAACAGCAGCUGCUGAACAGCCUGCCGAGACUACCCAGAAGGAAGAACCUAAGCCUACCACUGAAGAGUCCAACCCCACCAGCAAGGACGACGAUCCUGUCAUCACCCAAGCCCCGGCCCAAACAACAGUGGCUCCUGAGGUCGCUACAGCUACCGUGUCCUCCGUUUCCUCCCAGGUCGCCGCUCUAAUCCCCAUUAUCAACAAGUGGACCGAUGAUCCUGAGUCUCUCACUGAUGAGACUAACAAGCAGGUCGAGGACACUCAUGACGACAUCAUUGCGGCCAUCGUGUUUCUGGGCGGCAAACCCGAUGUUGGCUGCAACAAGAAGCGAGGCCUUCUCGGACCUAUCGGCGAUGUCAUCAACAAGCUGGCUUGUAUGGCUCAGGAUCUUACCAAGAUCUCCGGUAACAUCAUUGCCGGUAACGUGCCUGCCGUCACGGGCGCAGUUCCUGGAGUACAGAGCCAGAAUGAGGAUCUGACUGAGGAAGAGGAGAACAAGAGUGACAAAGAGGAGAGUAAAGAAGAGUCUACAAAGCAAGAGGAGACGACGAAAAAGGAAUCCACUACAGAGACUCCUACAACCACCGAAGCUCCUACUUCAACAGAGGAAUCCACUACCACUGAAGCCACUACAACGACUGGCCUUCCCGAGCCCUGUGGCUCUGAUACCUGCGGCGGCGGCGGCGGGUCUUGUCCCAUUGCACCUGGUGGGUCUAAAGGAGGACAGAUGGGUGACGCGGCUGGCGAUAUUGACUGCGGUGCGAUCCCCAGUACCACUAUCGACGGACCUCUCCCCACGGACCCUUCUAAGCCCAUUGACUUCGGCAAUGACCCCUUCACGGCGCCUACAGCCCGUCCCGAGUCUGCAGUCCCGCCUUCUAAGCGCGACAUCGAGUUGGCGGCCCGAACGUUCAACGAUGACAUGUCUCCCAACCCUUUCUACGUUGCCUCCUUAACACCUAUUUGGGUGGAUCAAACUGGAGACACCGCAGGACACUGGUUCGGCGCUCCCCCUUUCGCUGGUAAAGGAUCUGCAGGAGUCAACGGUAUCUACGGCUGCACGUCAGUCAUCAUUGUGUCUGAUUUGGGUGUCUAUCUGUCUCAUAUCUGGGAAAACCCUGUCUUUAUCGGCUCAGACUGGACCCCCACGCCUGACGACGUUUUCCAGACCACUACUUUCAAUGCUUUCCGUGACGGCAACAUGAACACCGAAAGUGUUUCUGUUCUUGUUGGCACAGACGAAACCCCCGGCGUGUUGCAUUCCAUGUUCCACCCUAGGGUUUUUGUUGUAACUCCCUUUACCAGCCAUUUUGAGCGUAGCAUUGGCGUGACCACAACGUACAGCUACGAAGACCGUGCAAACCAAUUGGCGACGCAGAUUUCCGGCAUCGUUCCUGGAUCCGACUCUACAGUUCUCGGUUACACACGUACUAGCCAGGCAGAGUCUACCGAGCAAUAUGGAUCAUAUGGUCGUGCCAUUGUUGAGUUUGAUAUGUUCGACGAGAUCGUCUUUAGCUCUGCCGAAGACGUCAAUGGCCAGUUUAUGGGUAGAUGGAGACUGUGGGUUGAGGACCAGCUUGUCACCUCGCACAAGUUUAUGGUUUUCCCUGAUUUUAGCCUGAUUACACCUGAAGCCACUCCUGCAGCUGGUGUUCAGAAGCGUGCUGAAGAUGAAGCUGCCAACAAGUGUUUGAUUCGAGGUGGCUUCACUGGUACUACUUCAGCUGGCCCCUCCUCUACACGCGAGGCUGCCACUACGGCCGAUGCCACUUCUGAUGCCACUUCCUAUGCUACUUCCGCUGCUGAGACUUCUGCAGGCUCUACAACAGACGAAAAGACUGUAGAGUCUACUGGAACAACGUCUUCUGAAGACAAGACCACCGAGGCUACUACCACACAACCUGAUACUAUCUUGCAAACCACCACACCAAGCACUCUCAUUACCACCACCAGGGCUUCGUCCAACGUCAUCACAUCCGUUAUGAAAACCGGUCCAGCAACCACUAGCGAGGAAGUCCGUACCUACUACCCUUGCAAUAUCUUUGGCGGACCACGCGUCGCGAACCCAUACUGUCAAUGCAGCACCACAGUCUCCGGCAAGCAAUAUGUCACUUCGGCUUCUCUGAUCGAUAACAGCUGCGAGGCCUAUACCUCCUACCCUUCCCCUGUUAUUCCCGUUACCGACGCUCCAGUUACACAAGCCCCAGUGCCGACUCCCUUCACUGAGACCAACGAUGGCACCGUUUUGGUCUACUCAGCUUACACUCUGAGCUACUACAUGGCCUAUACUCUCCAUUUUACAGCAACGCGUGGUUACGGUGUACCAUCAACUGUUUCGACGCCUCUGCCUUCUCAAACCGCUGUUGAUAACGACGGCGGUGGCCAGUGUGGAACAUCCGACGGCUUAUCCAAGAAGGGCUUAGGUGAGGCCUGUGAUAGGGCCAUUAACGAGUUCGAUGCCGAUACUGUGUACAAGGGUUACACAACGCGAUACAGUCGAUCCAACAAGGGUAUCCUCAUGGCUGCUUCGUUCGGCCAAGCUGCUUGUAUUGCCAAGUUUGAGUGUGACGAUUAUGGCAUUGGUAUGAAGGGGAGCGAUAUCAUUGCCGCUCGUGAGAAUGCCAAGAAGAACGAUGGUAUCUGGAUGUGUGGACAUAUUCGUCUAUCCAACUCAUGCAGUGUCGUUAUGGACUACUGCACGAACUGUAACAACAGCGGUUAG